AUGGUUCGGCCCCGAGGAUACGAGUUGACAUUGUGUGGGACGGGUGCGGCUGUGGCCCCAGGUGCAGGUGCAGGUGCAGGUGCAGGGCAGCAGGGGCACGUGCGCCAGUCACGGGAUCGGCACUCAGCCCACCCACGCCCCAGACAGAGGCUGGAAUGUGUGUGUGUACUCCCUGCAUUGCAAUCAACUCCUAAACGGCCCACGGCAAAUUACCUUCUCCCGACCACACCGCAUCCACCGCUCUUCGCUUCGCUGCUCGGCUCCCGGCCUUUCUGCCUGACCACUGAGUAUGCCUGGCUGUCGCGGGCCACCGGCUCCGCCCUCCUACCACUGGUGUAUGUAGUAGUGGUAGUAGCAGACGCAGGGCUCCUCCUCUCUGCAAGCGCCUGCCCGCCACCCCCAACCUUUGUCUUCAUCACCUCCUCCUCCUCCACUGCUGCCGCUGCCGCCGCCACAUCCAUCAUCAUCAUCCACCACCACACCCGGCACGCCCGUCGUCUCGCCCGGGCAAACUGA